AAUUGCACCAUUAUGCGUCUUCACUUGAUGGAACUCACUUGGUCGCGAUUCUUUCACAAAAAUCUGAACAGUCAGCAAACCGUAGUGUUGCGAUGUGGCUCUCAUUUUGGGCUGUCGCAUUUUUCCUUCGGUUCUCAGAGGCAGGUGUUUCAGAUGCUCAGUAUGGGUUGAUGCCCGAGCUGUUUUAUCUGGACAAUUUCGAUCAGUGCAUGCUCAAAGGGGAGGCGGCUUUAUUUUGCGUGUUUACCUUCGAGUUAGGGCCUACACCCGAUACCAACAGCAAAAUAUGGGAGAUAAUCAAGAAUGUUAGCGACAAUCCGCUCAACUACAGACACGAUCAGUUGCGGCAUGGAAUUUGCGUGCCCGAAACCUGCAAAACCCAUUAUAAUGAUUCCUCAAACACCAUCACUCAGGCCAUUCAAGCUUGCUACAAUGAGAAACUCCAGACUCUCGGACUGGGAGGAAAUGUGGUUUUCCUCCAUUGCCAAACGCCGCAUUCAGACUAUCCGGUUGAUGUUUAUGACAUAGCUUUUGGAGCCAUAUUGUUUGUGUACUGCGCUUUUGUGGUUUUUGCCUCCAUCUACGAAAGGCAUUUGGUAGCGGGUGGCGAGAGCAAGUACCUGGUGAACAGCUCAAAGAAUGAGUUUGUAGCGUUUCAAAGCACCGGAAGCGAUAGGAACACUUACACCGUUCCAGUCCAAGCAAAGUCCAAUUCCAAGAAGAAUUUGCUUCAAAUUAAACGCUCAGUUGGAGCAUUUAUAUCAGCGUUCUCGGUGCCGAAGAACUGGUACAGACUGAGAUCAACCACCUCGAAUCCAGACCAUCGCAAGCUGCGCUCGAUUCAAGGGAUGAGGUUUUACACCAUCAUGUGUGUGGUGGCUAUUCACACCAUCAUGAACCAUUUGGGGGGCCCGGUAGCUAAUCCCCAGUAUACGGAAAAUAUAACCAAACCUAUCUUGAACAUGCUGCUGAUAAACGGUUGGUAUGUGGUCCAGACUUUCUUUGUCAUUUCCGGCUGGUUGUUGGCCUACCACUUCUUCAUGGAAACUUCCAAAAUACCCGACUUAAAACUGAGUUAUCUCGUCUGGAUAAUUUUGCAAAGAUUCGUUAGAUUGGCUCCUGCCAUUGCUGUUAUGGUGGGCUUCCAUGGCACCUGGCUGGUUCAUAUGGGCAGAGGACCGUACUGGGACCAGUUUAUUGGCGAAGAGACCAGAAACUGUCGCAAAAAUUGGUGGACUAAUUUGCUCUUUGUCAAUAACUACGUUGAUAAGCUCAAUAUGUGUUUGCAGCAAACGUGGUACGUGGCAGCUGAAAUGCAGCUGUUCGUUGGCGCUGUUUUCGUGCUCUAUUUUGUUAAAAAGUAUCCCAGCUUGCUGAAGUACGCAUUUUCCAGUAUGUGCUUUGUGGGAAUCCUGAUUCCUGGCAUUAUCGCCUAUGUGAAUAAGUACGAUAUUAUCGUGCGCCAGUAUCCAGAGACUAUGUACAAUUUGAAUGCCUUAAGGCUGGAGUAUUGGCAUCAACUGUACAGCUCGGGGUACUCAAACAUUGCCACCUAUUCCAUAGGGGUGAUUUUUGGAUAUCUGUUCUACCAACAUCGCAGCACAACAUUCCCCAUUCGAAUGGUGCACAAAAUCCUUUGGUGGAUUUUUACGUUCGGAAUGUGUCUCUCCGUGGUACUAAUAGCGGUGGUGUUUUACGACCCCUCCUUUGUGGUGACUCCGCUAAACAGUGCCGUCUACUGGUCAGCAGGCAAAACCCUCUUCGCGCUGGGCAUCGCCAUCGGCAUCUUCGGCUUCAGCCAGAAGAUCGGCUGGUUUGCUCGAUGGUUCAUCGAGUACCCUCCAGUAGAAGUACUGGGGCGGCUCACUUAUAGCACCUACAUCACGCACGUGGCUUAUUCCCGACUGCAACUCGGCUAUCGAAGAUAUCCAGUGGCCGCCAACGAUGCCAUGAUGUUUUUGGCUGUGCUGGGAGACAUCACUUUGGCCUAUCUGACUGGAACGGUGUUUUGUCUGCUGGUGGAGAUGCCGAUUUCCGCGUUGCAGAAGCUGUGGAAUAGUGGCGGUGAUGGUAAGCCGAGGACGAUGGUGCGGAAGUCGUCCGAAAAAUCGUUGGAGACGCUGGAUAUGUCCCAGCAUAACAUCAAUGUGUAGCCCAUUAGCGCGCUUCGAUCAGAUUUCCUCUUCGGUCUUGUUCUUGUUCGAGGAAGAGCAAGGAGUUCAUUCGAUGAAUAUAGUCAUUGAAAAAAUUCUAAAAAAGCAAAUCUUGCCUAUCUGGCUGAAGGCUCUAUUUAAGUAUAUGAUAAUUAUAUUUUUUUACUAAAAAUAUAUUUACUGGAUUAUUCCGAAUAUACCACACGGAAGAUUGCGGAUAAACCACCUAAUUUUCACAAAAUAUUAUUUCAUUUCAUUGGCGCCUCUCUUGAAAUGUCGGAAAACUUUUUCUAUUUUGGUUUGAUUGAAGGGGUAUUUAACCAAGAAACGCAACAAGCACAUCUCCGAUUUCUCUUAUUGGCAAAAAAUUAAUUAUUAAAUAUCGGCGUCUACUAUAGUGCUACCGCAAAAGAUUUGAACACACUAAGGGCGACUGAUGCGAAACUUGGGCGACUUAUAAGCAACUCUGAGUUAUAUUCAGAGGCGCAUCGGACAUCUUCCAGUACGCCCAUUGCCGAGAAAUCCAUAAUCGAAAAUUAGCUUCUAAGGGGAGAACGCAGUAAACACAUUUGCACACGAUAAUUAAAAAACUGGUAAAAACUCAGCAAAAAGUGCGGUUUAGGUGAUUUGCUGAACUUUCAAAAGAACAUAGUUCUAUCAGUGUAACAAUCAUUUCUGGAGUUUCUCUCGUUGUCCCAAAAUAAUCUGUUGAAUAUUAGCCUCUAACGUGAUAC